GAUUGCAGACAUGUUAGUUUUGUGUAUACAACAAGUCGGAAAUCGAGCUUUCGAGAAUAAGUAAACUAACGUUUUUUGCUUAUUCGUUAUUGUAAAAGUUAAAGCGAGUAACAGUACACAUAUUGACGUAUAUUGAAAGGAUCUAAUUGUUCAGUGAGACUUAUAACAAUGAUUAUACCUGUACGUUGUUUUACUUGUGGAAAAGUGAUCGGUAACAAGUGGGAAGCCUAUCUUGGUUUAUUGCAAGCAGAAUACACUGAAGGAGAUGCUCUUGAUGCAUUGGGAUUAAAACGAUACUGUUGCCGCAGAAUGCUCCUUGGACAUGUAGAUUUAAUUGAAAAACUUCUAAAUUAUGCACCAUUAGAAAAAUAACAUGUUCCAUUUUUAUUUUCAAACCUCGUUUUGAGUAACAUUGUUUCACGAUUAUAGAAAUGGUUAAAAUAAAAUGUUGCUAUAAUAUUUUGUACUCUUAAUACUAACAAGUGUAUAGAAGUGUAUUUACAUAAAAAUAUUAUUCCUUAAAUGUGUACAUAAAGCUUGGAGUAAUAAAAUGUAAGAACAUAUUAUAAAAUGAUUUGUAUUUUAAAGUUACAAUAAAAUUCAUCUUGUAUUCGUUUUAA